UGGCCGACAGACUCGGCUCACGCCGCCAGCAGUGCGCCGCACGAUUGUAAAUAACCUCCACCUCGUUAACCACAUCGCAUAAUCAGCAAUCAGAUCCACAAUCCUUAUCUUCCCCCAUUUUAAUCACAAACGCCAUGGACACAAGCGGACCUGUUCCGCCCACGCGCCGCCUGUCGACCGGCGAGCGCGAGCAGGCGAUUGACCGAUCGGCGCCGGUGCUGCCGCCGGCGCUGGAAAUCGACGAGAACAAUUAUUUCGAGAAUAACGCGCCGCCAGAGUAUUUGGACGAGCUCGCGCGGCAGUGUGAGGAGUUUGUGAAGAUGCAUGGGACGGGGAGAAUUGUUUUGGUUACUUCAGGAGGAACCACCGUCCCGCUCGAAAACCAAACCGUGCGGUUCAUCGACAACUUUUCCGCCGGAACCCGAGGCGCGACGUCGGCGGAGUAUUUCCUAGAAAACGGGUACGCCGUCAUCUUCUUGCAUCGGCAGUUCAGUCUGCUGCCUUAUUCGAGGCAUUACUCGCAUUCCACGAAUUGCUUUUUGGACUUUAUGGAGGAAAAUGAUGGGCAGGUUGUCGUCAGCCAACAGUACCAACAGCAAAUGCGCACAGUCCUGCGCAAAUACCGCGCCGCCAAAGACCGCAACCAACUCCUCCUCCUGCCAUUCACCACCAUCAACCAAUACCUGCACACCCUCCGCACUGUCAGCGUGAUCCUGCAAUCCGCCGGCCCGCGCGCGCUCUUCUACCUCGCCGCCGCGGUCUCGGACUUCUUCAUCCCGCCCAGCCGCAUCCCCGAACACAAGAUCCAGUCCAAAGCAGGCGGCAACAAACUCAUCAUGGACCUCGACCCCGUGCCCAAGUUCCUCAAUCGGCUGGUGGAAAGAUGGGCGCCGGGCGCGAUGAUCAUCUCGUUCAAGCUCGAGACUGACUCUGAGAUCUUGAUCUCAAAGGCAAGACAGGCGCUGGAGCGGUACUCGCACCAGCUCGUCAUUGGUAAUCUCCUCCAGACGCGCAAGAACGAGAUCGUGUUUGUCGAGCCGGAGGUGCCGGAGACUUGGAUUAGAUUGUCGGACGAGCAGAUCAAGGACGGGACUGAGAUCGAGAGCUUGAUCAUCCCUGCGACUAUUGAACGGCAUACGGCAUGGAUUGAACAGUCAAAGUAGAUUGCUGUAAUCAUUUCUUUAAAACUAAGU